AUGGCAACCCGCUCCCGGCCACCCUCUCAAGCCCGCUCCCCUAUCAAUCAAGGGGAGUUGGGACCCUUCCUUCCGCCAGCCUCCCCUGAGCUCGGCAAAGUAUCACUUGAGCGGGUCAUCCGCCUUCUUUGGGGGCUCCAAUCCCAAGUUGACCGCAUCAAGCGGACCCUCUUGGAACAAGCUGAAGUUAGCCAAGAGGUUCAAACCAACGUCGAGAAUAUCUUGCAAGCCGUCAAUACUGUCAAGGAUGGGCUUGCCCAACUCCAGCAACCCCAGGGUCCCCACACCCCAGAAGAACAAAAACCCCCUGCGGUCAAGGAAACUCCCAGGGCCGCGCCCAAAGCCAAGCCUAUUGGCAAGGCUCAACCAUUCCUUGGGGCCCCAGCCCCUAUCAUCUCCACAGGGGCUCCCAGGCACAACCCCCUCUCACUCUUCAACCCAUACCCUUCCUCCUCCUUCCCUUUGGGACCGGCUCCAGCCCCCCAAGGACCUCCACCAGCGCCUAUUGUCACCCCAGCGCAGCCUCCAGCCCCCUCCACUGUAAAAGUGGACCACCCAGAUGCCUUCAAAGGCAAAAUUGGCUUGGAGGCUGUUAUAACCUCCUAA